UGCGCGCCAUUUUUCGGUCACGUGACUGACAACUGGCCAACCAACAGCCAGUACCACAUAACCUGACCAAACUAUAGUUUUUAGAAAUGGCUGACGUUAUAGAAGCGGAAAAAACGAUUGCUGAAGACUUGGUUGUUACCAAGUACAAGCUAGCAGGACAAAUUGUUAAUCGUGUUUUAGAGCAACUUCUAGCAAAAUGUGUGCCUGACGCAUCGGCGCGUGAAAUAUGCGAGUUUGGGGACAAAUUACUACUGGACGAAACGUCGAAAGUCUUCAAAAAGGAAAAGGACUCUAAGAAAGGCAUAGCGUUUUCAACAUGCGUCUCCGUAAACAACUGCAUAUGCCACUUUUCACCAAUUCCCAGUGAGACAGACUACAUUCUGAAACAAGGGGACCUUGCUAAGAUUGACCUAGGGGCCCACAUCGAUGGAUUCAUUGCAGUUGUUGCACACACAGUGGCAGUGGGCGGUGGAGAGGUGUCUGGGCGGGCAGCUGAUGUCCUCCUUGCAGCUCAUCUGGCUAGUGAAGCCGCCUUGAGGUUACUCCGACCAGGGAAUGAGAAUUAUGCAGUGACUGAUGUUGUACAGAAAAUCAGUGCAGAGUAUGGGUGCAAGCCCAUAGAGGGCAUGUUGUCACACCAGUUGAAACAGUUCCGUAUUGAUGGGGAGAAGAGCAUUAUACAGAACCCAUCUGAGGCUCAAAGGAAAGAGCAUGAGAAAGCCACUUUUGAAACUUACGAAGUGUAUGCCAUGGAUGUACUUAUUUCUACUGGAGAAGGUGUUGGCCGUGAGAUGGAUACCAGAUGUACGAUAUAUAAAAAAACUGAUGAAGUCUACCAACUCAAGUUGAAGGCAUCAAGAAUGUUCUAUAGUGAGGUACGCAAUAAGCAUGGUUCAAUGCCAUUUAACCUACGAAGCUUCGACAAGGAGACAAGCGCAAGGCUCGGCGUUGUUGAAUGUGUUAACCACAAACUUAUUGAGCCUUUCCAGGUGCUAUAUGAAAGACCAGGUGAAUUAGUAGCACAGUUCAAAUUCACCGCAUUAUUGCUGCCGAGCGGCACACACCGCAUCACUGGUCUGCCCUUCGACAAGAGUCAGUGCAAGACUGAACGCUCACUCAAGGAUCCCGAACUUAAUGCCCUACUCAACUCCUCUGCCAAGUCAAAUAAGAAGAAGAAAAAGAAAGCUGGUGCUGAGGAAGCUAUGGAAGUUGAAACUGCUGCUUAGCAAAUGAAUUUUUCAUCUACUGAGGGAUUGAAUUUAAAUGAAUUCAGCAGCUUUUUAACAUCUCUCACGUGGACAAUAUUUUGACAGACUUGUACAGUGAUGAAAAGAGCAAUAAUAAUAUAGCUUAUCCCUCUAUAGAGCUUUCAAUGAAUGUUUACCUUUUAGUAUUCAUUUUGAGCUAUAAAGAAUCAAGAAGAUUGGCAAAUUAGCUGUAAAAUUAUUGUUAAUGUUUAUGUACAAAAUAACCCCCUUUUCUAAGUGUAAAAUAUUAUUAACAAAAAACCCCCAAUUUGAUUUUCAUUCUAUUUUAAAUCCCGUAUUCAUUAAUAUCUUUACUUUUAAAUAGAAAAAUACAGUAGAACACAAAUAUUUUAAAAUCACUAUAUAUGUACAUAAAUACCACAAAACUUAUCCAAAUCUAUUACAAGUUUUCACAUGGAUUACUAAAAAUGAUAUAUUAAUAAUUAUCAUUCCUAAGAACUCUAUUGGUUUUCUAAACAAUAAUUUAUUAGUGCACAAAAUUUACUUUGACAUAAUUUUACUAGUAGGUACCUAUUGAAAAAAAUUGGUGCAAUUCUUACUGGUAUGAUAACUGUUGUAUUUACAAUUAUUUUGAAGUAUUCAAUAUUUUUUGUAACCAACAUUUAUCAAGGGACUCAGAAAAAUUUACAAAAUGUAUUUCUAAAUUAGGAUAAAUUUUAAUGACAAAUAAAUUGAAAAUUUUUAAUUGAAUUUAGAUGUAUAGUGGGUACUUCAAAAUAAUACUUUGUGGUAAUUGUUAGUUCCAUAAAAUUAUUAAAACUAAAUCUCUUAAUAUAAUUGAAUGAUUAUAUGACUCCUUGAUGUAUGUACAUUUGAGGAAAAUUUGAAUUUCUACAAAAUAAUUCAUUAAAUUGAGUUAUAAUAUGGAACUAAUUAUAACAAUUCAAAGUUACAAAAUCUGUGACAAGAGAGGAAUAAAUCAAACUUGACCUUUGCGGUCUGUUUUUUUUAUAA